AUGGUCUUCUUUUCGACUGCCAUCUUUUUAUGCAAGGCACAGUGUUCUUCUAAGUCCGAGUUUUCUAACUUUGCCUCAUGCUCAGAUUUGGAUGUGUUAAAUUCAGUCCUUUAUUGGAAUUACAAUAUAUCAUCUAACAAGGCUGAAAUUGCUUUUAGCCAAUCAGGUAUUUAUAACUACUCAACUUGGGUUGCUUGGGCCAUCAAUCCCACUUCAAUUGGUAUGAUUGGCGCUCAAGCUUUUGUUGCGCACCCAAUAAGUGAUGGGAGACUAAUAGCCUAUACAUCUUCUAUAACCAGUCGUGAAACAAUUCUUGAAAAAGGGAAGCUUAGUUUUCCUGUCUAUGGUGUCUCAGCCAUUUAUGCAAAUAACUCAAUCACCAUUUUUGCCACGUUAAUGCUUAAUAGCAGUGCCUUCGCGGUGAAUCAUGUGUGGCAACGAGGUCCAAUGUCUAUGGAUAAUGUUCCUAGCUUUCAUGGUUAUUCUAAAGACAAUCUUCGGUCCUAUGGUACUUUGAGUUUUCUAUCAGGAAACACUGGAACAAGAGGACCAGAAAGAUUUAUGGUAAUGAAGAAAAUUCAUGGAGGCUUGAAUGUCAUUGGUUGGGGUAUUAUGUUGCCUCUAGGAGUUGUUAUAGCGAGGUAUAUAAAGGCGUUCAAAAGAACAGACUCGUCAUGGUUCUAUAUUCAUGUUAUAUGUCAAUCUUUGGGGUACAUUGUUGGUGUAAUGGGCUGGACAACUGGACUCAACCUUGGUGUUCAACUAUCUGGAUUUAACCAAAAGGCGCAUGGAUACAUUGGCAUUAGUAUUUUUUGUCUUGCAACAACUCAGUUUGGCUUGUUUUUAAGGCCAAAGGAGCUCAAGUUCAGGAAAUAUUGGAAUAUAAUACAUAUCUGCAUUGGUUAUGGAACAAUCAUUCUGAGUAUCAUUAAUGUAUUUAUGGGGAUUCAUAUUUUGAAGCCAGGAAAAAUUUGGAAAGAAGCCUAUAUUAUCAUACUUGCAUUAUUGGGUACUGCUGCUGUGCUACUGGAAAUUGGUACUGCUUGUUAUUUGUUUUUUUGUAGGAAAACUAAAAUCCUAGAGACAAUGGAUGGAGCUAGUCCAUUUAAUUCAUGA